GACGGGGACGAGAGUGACAUUUUGUGUAGGGAUUGGGGUGCUAGUGGUACUCUUGCCCUACCAUUUCAAACACACUGCAUUUUUUUUUACAGCCUGUACUCCUUUGUAGAACUUUCUUUAGUUUAGUUGUUUUAGAUGUUUAGUUGGUAAAACUUCAAACAAGAUGGCCGAUAAGUAAACAUUGAAGGAGGUUACGUUGCCCCAUGCCCCUUCUGCAUUGCUGGGCUGGGAAGGGAGUGAAAAGGGUCGAAAUGCUGACAAUGGAGUUCCACGUCUUAAAACUUGUAUUUAUGUCUAUGACCGCUUUGAUAGUAAUAUUUGGCAGCUUGAUGAAUACAAUCGAAAAACAUUUACCAACAUUUAUCCGUCAGUCAUAUCGUUUUGGAAAGUUCUCGUAUGAAGGGAAGAAAUCAGACAUCUUUGUGAUAGAGGUUCCCAAAAGAUGGUUUUCCCAUUUCUAUGUUUUUGCCGCUCUCUAUUCCACAAUUUGUUUUAUCUUCACUAUAAAUGUGUACAUUUUUGGUGGUUCAGCUCCGCCUGAGUUGAUACGAAUGUUGAAUAUUCUUGCAACAGAGAAGCGCUCGUUCACUGUGUCAUCUUUUGCCACCCUUAUUGGUCUUUCACUUAUGACUGCCCAGUGUGUCAGGCGCUUUUAUGAAACAUGGUUCAUCAGUGUUUUCUCAGACGCCAAAAUGAAUUUUUCUCAUUAUAUUGUUGGGUUUACUCAUUACUUUGGUGCCAUCAGUGCCAUUUUAGCAGAAGCUCCAGGCUUUACAUCUCACACAGGUGUUAGCAGUCUUGUCCUCAGGCUCAGCUUUUCUGAGCUCUAUUUCUAUCACUAUGGUGCUGUGGUUUGUUUUCUGUGGGCAUUUGUUCACCAAUAUAAGGCUGCUCUUAUACUAGCAGAUCUUAGAAGAGACACCUCAGGCAAGGUGGUUACCCAAGCCUACAGACUUCCUGAAGGUGAUUUGUUUCAUUACAUUUCUUCACCUCACAUGUUUUGUGAGGUUGUCAUGUAUUUGUCUCUCGCAAUUAUCUUGUGGGGUAGUUCUACAUUUCCCUUUGUUGCAGCAUGGGUACUAAGUAAUCAGGUUGAGAAUGCAUUGCUUACACACUGGUGGUAUCAGGAAAAAUUCAAGGAAUACCCCCACAAAAGGAAGGCAAUUAUUCCACUAAUCUUAUGAUUUCCGCAAACUAAAUUUGUAGUGCUUCGUAUUUUUUACCUAUUUUACAGUUUACUAG